AUACCCCAAAUCCACAGGGAGAUCAGAGGCUUCCAGCUCAGGAGUGACCAGCAGUUCUCAAAACAGUUUGCACUUGUGUGUUAUUGCAGCAGGAGCAAAACAUGGUCAGCAGAUUUGAACACCCAGCUGGUAGCUACAAGAAAAUCUUUGAGACAUGCGAGGAGCUUGCCGAACCUCUGCCAGCAACAGUCACCGGUAGAAUUCCUUCAUUUCUGAAGGGAAGUCUUCUCCGCUUGGGACCCGGACUCUUUGAAGUCGGAGAUGAACCUUUUUAUCACCUCUUUGACGGGCAGGCCCUUAUGCACAAAUUCGACUUUAAGAAUGGCCAGGUCACUUACUACAGGAAGUUUGUCCGAACAGAUGCAUACGUCCGAGCCAUCACAGAAAAACGUGUGGUUAUCACCGAGUUUGGGACGUUUGCCUACCCAGAUCCCUGCAAAAAUAUCUUCUCCAGGUUUUUCUCCUAUUUUAAAGGAGUUGAGGUGACAGACAACUGCCUGGUCAAUGUUUACCCCAUAGGAGAGGAUUUCUACGCUGUGACGGAAACUAACUACAUCACCAAAGUGAACACUGAGAACUUGGAGACCCUGAAGAAGGUUGACAUGUGCAACUACGUAAACAUCAAUGGAAUCACAGCUCACCCCCACAUUGAGAGCGAUGGCACUGUAUACAACAUUGGAAACUGCAUGGGAAAAGGUGCAACGCUGGCCUACAACAUUGUGAGGAUCCCUCCCACACAGAAAGAUAAGUCGGACCCCAUCGAGAAGUCCAAAGUGGUGGUGCAGUUUCCCAGUGCGGAGAGAUUCAAGCCGUCUUAUGUGCACAGCUUUGGCAUGUCAGACAACUAUUUUGUCUUCGUUGAGACUCCGGUGAAGAUCAACCUGCUGAAGUUCCUCAGUGCCUGGAGCAUCCGAGGUUCCAACUACAUGGACUGCUUUGAAUCUAAUGAAAGCCAAGGAACCCUUUUCCACGUUGCUAAGAAAGAUCCUGGAGAGUACAUUGACCUGAAGUUUAAAGGAGCGCCAAUCGGCAUGUUCCACCACAUCAACACCUAUGAGGACCAAGGAUUCAUUGUUGUUGACCUGUGCUCAUGGAAAGGAUUUGAGUUUGUUUACAACUACCUGUGGCUGGCCAACCUGAGAGCCAACUGGGAGGAGGUAAAAAAGGCCGCCAUGAUGGCUCCCCAGCCAGAGGUGCGGAGAUACGUCAUCCCUCUGGACGUCCACAAGGAGGAGCAGGGGAAGAAUCUGGUGAGUCUGCCAUACACCACAGCCACAGCGGUGAUGCAUGCUGACGGAAUGAUCUGGCUGGAGCCGGAGGUGCUCUUCUCCGGACCUCGCCAAGCCUUUGAGUUUCCACAGAUUAACUACCAAAGGUACGGAGGGAAGAAUUACACAUACGCCUAUGGCCUGGGACUUAACCACUUCAUACCAGACAGGAUCUGCAAGCUGAAUGUGAAAACCAAGGAGACCUGGGUUUGGCAAGAGCCUGAAUCUUAUCCCUCAGAGCCCUUGUUUGUUCAGACUCCAGAUGGGGUAGAUGAAGAUGAUGGCGUCCUUCUUACCAUCGUGGCAGCUCCUGGAUCCCAGAGGCCAGCAUAUAUGCUCAUUCUAAAUGCCAAGGAUCUGUCAGAGAUCGCGAGGGCAGAAGUGGAGUGCUCCAUUCCCGUCACCUUUCACGGGAUGUACAAACAGUGAUGAUCUUGUCCAGUUGUAUGAAAUGCUGCUCGGAAUCACAACAAUGAAAAAAAUAUUCUGUCUUCUUUUAGAUCGAGUACAGCUUGUUAUGGAAGCCAUGUUAUUAUGAAUUUGAAGACAUGUAUUAGGAAAAACAGCUAGCCGUUUCAGGACAAAUUAAAAACAUGCACCCAUUUAAGUGAA